ACAAAAUGCACAACUAAUGAUAAGGAUAGUGAACAUCGAUGUUACUGUUAUGUGCCUCGACUGUUUAACAUUCCAGGCAACUAACGAUGGUUUAAUAUUAUCGGAAGAGCGCAGAGAUAUAUCGUUUUACAAAGAUUUUUAAAAUUUUAUUUUUAAGAUGUUAAUAUUGUCUAAGUGUACAAGUUUGUAAAACGUAUUUUAUUCUAAGGAAACUUCAGUAAUUGGUUUUUGUAAGGAUGAAUUGUUAUUUACAUGAAUUUUAUACAUUGAUUCGUAUAAAAUUUUAUUUACAUUCUUGAGAUUUUAUUUCUUUCGUCGUUUAAUUUGUUACUAUUGUAUAACGUGACGUUUGUAUAUGCAGUGUUUGUUGUACGAAUAAAUAUCGUUUGAUUUUUCAUGUCUGUCCGAUUGAUUUCGUCAAAGAUGAAAUAUUAAUUUUUAUUGGAUGCAUUAUCGAUUAAAAAAAGACAGUCGUAUCUGAUAAAUGUCACUAAGCUUUUUAUAUUACCGGUUAUAAAAACCAUAUACUAAUGUGAUGUCGCAGACUUAAAAUGACUUCGUUUCUAGGAAAUAUUGCUCGCGCAUCCGUUUCGAUAAUCUGUCAAUUAUUUCUAUUUCUGUCUAACAUAUUGUACUGAUAUAGAAAAAUAUAAGCCGCAUAUUGUUAUUAUAGAUGAUUAAUUAUAUAAAAAAACAAAUCUCGCCUGCGCGCAAAAUACGAAUAUUCAUAAAAAUAUGUUUGAUGAGAAUAAUCAAGCCUGCGCUCAUCGAUCCACGACGAAACCAUGGAAACAGCCAAGGCACAGAAAUCAAAACAAUCUUCGUUUGAAACACCGAUUCCUAUCAACAAUUUCACAUAAUUGUUUCCUCGGGAAAUCGUUCUGAAUCUUUCAAGGAAACGGAUAAUCAUUUUCGAACAAUGGAUAUCAAAGACAGCAGCGACGAAGAAGAGAUACAUGAUAUAUCAGCGUUCACGAAAUUCGACGAGAGUAUCGAGGUACGAAACGCUGAGGAGAUACAAAGUCCAGUGAGUCGUAGACCUUCCAGUUCGAGGAGACCUAGACAACAUGCGAUGAACGAGAGCCGAAGUGCUAUAGGAAUAAAUUCACCUCGCGAAAAAUUCAAUUUUCGAAGAUACUCGGAUCGUGAUAACAGCUUUGGGAAAUCCAUGGGAAUUCAUAGUGAUCCAUCAGACAGUGAAGAAAGCGAUGAUGAUGAUAUUCAAGGAACGAGCAACGCUCAGCCCAUUGAAAUUUAUAAUCCUAAGGAUUUCGAGGAUUUAGAGGUGUCCACUGAGAUGAAGGAAUUAUUUCAAAACAUAAUGAGGUAUACUCCGCAAAAGAUCGAAUUAAAUUACAAACUCAUACCAUUCAUCCCCGAUUACAUCCCAGCAGUGGGUGACAUAGACGCUUUUAUCAAAAUCCCGCGACCAGACGGCGUAGAAGACAAAAUCGGUUUAACAGUUUUGGACGAGCCUUGCACCAAUCAAUCUGAUCCAGCUGUCCUUCAUCUUCAACUUCGUAAUCAUUUACGAAGCGGAGGAGGAGCGAGACAAACGGUGGUUAAAAGAAUCGAAGAUGCAGAAAAAAAUGGAAAAUCAAUCGAGAAGUGGAUCGAGGAUAUAAAUCAGCUUCACAGAAGCAAACAUGCUCCCGCAGUUAACUUAACGAAACCGAUGCCAGACAUCGACUCGUUGCUUCAACAAUGGCCACCGGAAGUUGAGGACAAGCUUAACGAAGUUGAAUUGAAUUUCACGCAAUUGGACUGUCAACUACCAGAACUUAUCGAUCUUAUAUGUAAUCUUUUGGAUAUACCAUCGGAAGAGAGCAUGAGAUUGGAGGCAUUACAUGUGCUCUUCACGCUUUAUUUAGAAGUUCGAAAUGUCAGAGCGCAGAAAUAUUAAUUGUAAGGAAGGUUUAAACGUACUGUGAUGAGGACAUAAAUAGGGAAAUUUUACACUAAAUUUAAUUUGAUUUAGUUCGUAAUUAUUACUUGAAAUAAGAAUUUGAUAGCUAUUUUGUAUCUAGAAUAGCUCAAAGUACGAGGAAUGUAUUUUAAACUUGUAUAUAUGUAUAUGAUAGAAAAAAAAUAAGAAUAACAUAUUUCCCUAUUUAUAUACUGUUAUCUAUAAUGGAGGUUUGAUUAUCAAUUUUAUUUUAUGAAGAAUAAUAAUUUCUAUCAAUUGUAAAUCACUAUACAUAGUUAACAAUAAUAACGAACGUAAGAGUUUACUUUCAUAUAAUCUGAAUACCAUGUUUCCACUCAAUGGAAAAAAUUUACAUCCAAUUUACGCAACUACCAUUUUAGAUAAUGUAAUCAGAGACCACUGAUUUACGAUUAAUUACAUAUAAAAGGAAAAGUAUUUCGAUUAUGACAACAUCAUUUACACAACAUAUUAAACAAUGUCAAGUACAUAAUACAUUAUGAUCAAAGAGAAAUGUUUGACAAGUGAAAGGAAAAUAAGAAUUUAUCUCAAUUUUUCUUGUUGCUCAAUCUAAAACCGGAAAUUUUAUAUCAUACAUCUUUUCCUUAUUACUACUUUCCUUACAUUUACUAUAUAAUCACACUUUUUAUCUUACAGAAUGCAUUCUUUUCUAUUCCUACUUCCAAUAAUUUUAAUACAUACUAUGAAAUUUCAAAUAUUUCGACUUCCCUCGUAGGAGGCGCUUGUGCAUUUUCUUAUCCAAAUAACAAACUUCCAGUUUCACGAAAUAAUAAAUUGAGGGUUUCCUAAUUAUUUUACAAUUUUUAUAAAUUUUUUUUUU